AUGUCUAACACUUUAUUUGAUGAUAUAUUUACAGUUACAGAAGUCGAUGCAGGUCGUUAUAACAAAGUCUGUCGUAUUGAAGCAUCUUCCACUACCCAAGAACAAUGUAAAUUAGCAUUGGACAUAAAUACUGAAUUAUUCCCUGUUCAAAAUCAAGACCAACUGACUAUUACAAUCGCUUCUUCUUUGAGUAUCGAUAAUGAUGAUGAAUCCUCUAAAAAUAAUAAAAAUUCAGCAGCUACAAGAAGUUGGAGACCUCCACAACCUGGUGACAGAUCACUUGCAGACGAUUAUGAUUAUGUUAUGUAUGGUACCGCGUACAAAUUUGAAGAAGUAAGUAAUGAUAUUAUCGCUGUCUAUUAUUCAUUCGGUGGUCUAUUAAUGAGAUUAGAAGGUAAUUAUAGAAAUUUGAAUACUUUAAAACAAGAAAAUGCAUACCUUUUAAUCCGUCGCUGA